AUGGAAGGUUACAAGGAGGUCACUUCGGCGAUCGAAGGUCGUCUCUUCGUUUCCACCAGAAAGCACCACGAGGCCAGUAAGGACAACGAGGUCUACUUCCAAUCGAGACCUCAGGCUCUUCCUAGUGUCGACUCCUGGCUGUCGCCUUUUACCAGCAAGAUCGCUCUCCCGAGCAACAAAACCAAGUCGAGCGGCGGCGAGGAUGGAGAGAAGCAGCAGCAACAGAAGAGACCCUCUGGCCAGGCCAGGCAUGGUCACCCAUCACCACCACGGUCGGGAGCCACUGCCAGAGGUCUACCAAACAUCAAAGACCAGGCCGCUGACCAGACAAUGGCAGUCGCCGAUGGCUUCACAUUGUCUCUUGAGCUGGCCGAGCCGAUUCUGUACCUGGAAGGAUUCGAUUUUCCGCACAACUCCGAACACAGGUCUACCGUUCUCAGAGGCGUGAUGAAUCUGACCAUCUUGAAGCCGACGACCCUGUCCGCCUUGAGACUGAACUUUCGGGGAGAGAACGAGACCAUCUGGCCUGAAGCAUGGCGCGUCCGGAAACUGCACAAGGUAUUUCGAGAAGAGGUGGUGCAACAGACGUGGAAUUUUCUACGGACAGAUAAGAAUUCGGUAGUCGACGACAUCACGGCGACGACGACAGCCGCCACCACCUCCACCACAAAUCGCAAUGCGAAACAACAUACCCGGAGAUUCGAGCCAGGGCAAUACAGUUUCCCGUUUGAACGACCUCUUGAAAGCUGGCUACCCGAGUCGAUCAACCUACCAUUGGGGAAGCUGUCGUAUACAUUAACGGCUCUCGCAGCCGCGGGCGCCGGGGAGGGAGGACAAUACUCGUCGACCGCGACCCUGACGCAACCCGUCACCCUCGUGCGCAUCCCGUGCGUGUGCUCCCUAGAGCUCUCGGAGCCGUACGAAGUCCAUGGCCUCCUACACGGCCUCCGCUACAGUUUCAACCUGGCGGCCAAAUCAUGCCGAGUAGGCGGUCAAUUACCGAUGACCAUCAAGAUCGCCUCCCCUCCCGAUCGGUCAUGGCAGAGUAUCAACGUGUCUCUGGUUGAAGACAUGCAGUAUCAAACACGUAACGGACUGGCUUAUCGUGAACAAUCGCGCACCAAGGCCGUGCUGUACACGAAUCGUGCGAAGCGGGAUCCCUUGCAUCAGAGGGCACUCAGACGGAUCAGUGCCGCGGGUGAGAAAAUGGCCCCGUCGUACGCCAGUGGCGUGGUGAUUGAGAAGAAGGAAGGUGACGAUAUGUGGUUGCAUCGGUCGCUGUCGCAUCACGAGUACGUUACCGAUGGCGGUGGAGGUGGUACUGGGACGGAUCCGGAUUACCAAUAUCUACACGAAAAGGCCCUCUUGAAUAUACCCUCGUGUUCGAAGAUCGACGCAGAUACGGCGUACAAGUGUUUAUACGUCCGGCAUUAUCUUUCGAUAACCAUCGCCGCACAUGUUCAAGUCAACGAAAACGAUCGCAAACAAUUCCAGAUCCGAAUACGAAUGCCCAUCCAGAUCUUGACGUGUAAAUUGUGUGACGGGAAUGCCACUUUACCAGUCUACUCGGAGAAUCCACCUUUGGUGUCCGGCGGACUCAGUGGCUGCGAAGACGAAACGACUGCCAUGCCGCCACUACCGCCGCCGUCGUCACCGCCACCACCGGCAGAUUUGUGUCGUUGUGUCAGUGCAUCGAGGUCAUAUGAAGGUCGCGGGUCUUUUCAGUCUCAGGAUGGCUGA